AAGAAAAAUUAAACUCUCCCUCAUUCACAACUACUUAUUUUCCGGAAUUCGAACAUGCAUGGAGGGCCGAGGACAUUUGAGCGAACGAGCAGUUUGCGUCAACGGACCUAAAGAUACCUUGACAACAACCUCCAGCCAUAUUCCCAAUUGCGAGUUAAUCACACCACCCCCAGGACCAAAGAGUUUGCUGCAACACGACUAUGACAGGCUAAGCGUUGGGGAAUUGGCCGAAACGGGUUCGCACUCUUCGUUCAAGGGUAAUAUUGCUGGGGAGAUUCGGAUUCAGGUCAAGUUCGGUUGUCUAGUAACGCGAUGUUGUUGAGACUGCAUGCAUGGAU